AAUGUCAUUUUGUCCUCUAACUUUAUUUCGUCAUUAAACUGCUCGUUCUUUCUCUCUCACGACAGAAAAAAAUAAAUAAGAAUAAAAAGAUUCAUAGAAGAAACAUAAAUUGGAGGAAGACGUGUAUAAAGUGGGAGUAAUUAAUCACUGAACUUGCGUUUACUUGAAAUACUUCGAAUGUCUGUCGUAAUUAAUUAAGCUAAUGACUAGGGCUCCAAGUUUUAUCGUACAUCACAGAGAAGAAGAAAUCACAUAGGAUGAAUGGUGCCCCGCUACUAAACCGAGUGCAGUAGUAAUCCAGUGCAACGUCGAGUGGUAUCGCACAAGAAGACAUGUCACUUGUUGAAUCUUACAUUCUUUUAGCAACUGCCUUCAUAUCGGCUUAUGCGCAUCCACAAAACACGCUGUUAAACGACGUAGAAACGGUCAUCAAGUCGGUUUUUAAGGUACCAAGAGAACCAGCUACGUUUAAUUUAUAUACCAGGGAAAAUCCUUUCGGUGAGGAACAAUUAUUCUUGAAUAAUACAGAAGUCCUUUAUGCAUCUCACUUUAACGAAAGUCGUCCAACCAAAUUCAUCGUUCAUGGAUUUAGCGAUACUGGCAAUGAAGUAUGGAUACGAGGACUGAUAGACGCAUAUUUGUUACACGAAGAUGUAAAUGUAAUAGUUGUUGGUUGGGGUAUAUUAGCAACAGACGUUUAUCCAAUAGCUGCAAAUAACACACGCAAAGUUGGAGAAUUCCUUGGUGAUUUUCUCGAAUUUCUUAACAGAGAAUCAAAUCUUGAGUAUAAAGAUGUUCAUAUCAUCGGUCAUAGUUUGGGUUCUCACGUGGCAGGUUUUGCUGGUGCUUGUCUCGACGGUCGUAUCGGUAGAAUAACUGGUCUGGAUCCUGCGAGUCCUUUGUUUGAAACGAUUUCUGGAAUCGUUGACCCAGAAUUUCGAUUGGAUCCUACGGAUGCACAAUUUGUUGACGUUAUUCACACAAGUGGACCAGCUUUUGGAUUUUUAGCACCAUUAGGUCAUGCUGAUUUUUAUCCCAAUAAUGGAGAAUUCCCUCAACCUGGAUGUUCUUUCUUACCAACGACCACCUAUUGUAGUCAUUCUCGUGCACAUCAGUUUAUGACGGAGAGCAUUGGCAGUACUUCGGGAUUUAAAGCAAGAACUUGUGAAAGUUGGGAAAAAUAUAAGGAAGGUCGUUGCGAUUACAAUCCGAUCGUCUUAAUGGGAGAAUACGCAUCCGCACACACAUCAUUACGAGGAAAAUUCUACUUGUCCACUAACAAUGAACCACCGUUCGCAAUAGAAUGAGGAAUUAUUAAUCGUUAAUCGAACUUGAAAUGGAAGACAAUAACGAUCGUGUAUAUAUAUGCGAUUAAAUAAUCAGUACUAGUCAUUUGUAAGUUACUUUAUUUAUGUAGAAUUACGUGUUUGCUUACGCAUUAUGCACACAUGCACGUGUACCUCAAUUUUCAUUCGGAUCUCCAUAAAGUUUCAUUUGCGAUUGUUUGAUUGUAUACCAAAACAAAUAAAUUAAUUAAAAAAUCUCUACAUACAUAUGUAAGUACAAAUUACGAUGUUAAUUAAGUUCAAUAGGUUCAAUGUGAAAAUCUUUUAUUUUCUCUCUCUGUACCUCGCACGAUAAAUAAAUAAUCGUAUGGUUGGGU